UGAUAUACUAACAAUAUUUUUUAUAUUAGGUAUGUGAUAUAAACUUGCAUCAUGGAAGAAGAUUUAAAAACUAAUUUUAUUCAUAAAAAAAUUAAAGAGCAAGUGAUAAAUAAACAACUAAAGAUGAACGAAAAUGAGCAAAAAUCUCUUCAGAUUAUUGAUGAAAUAACUAAAAUAAAAAAGCAAAUAAAGGAGGAUGAAGUAGCCAUGGAAUAUUUAAUCAAAUCUAUAGCAGAUGUUAAUAAACAGAUCGAUAUGUAUAAUACUGAAAUUUCGUCGGCCAAAGAUCAAAAACAUAAUUUAUUCAACAAACUUAAAAAAUUGAUGAAGGAAGAACAGUUAUAUCUCUACAACGAAAAAAAAUAAAAUUUCAAAUUUAUUUUUUUUUUGUGGCAAAAUGUUUAAUUUAUUUACGUACAAUAAUUUUUAUUUAAAUAAUAUAUAAUAAUUUUUAAUUUAUAUAUUGCUAUAAUUUUUUUUUAUAUAAAAGAAAUAAAUUGACAGUAUAAAAUAUUAAUAUAUAUAAAAAAAGUGUAUUUAUUGGUCUCAUAGGAUUUUGUUCAUUUU